CUGCUCUUGAUUUAGGUUGAUUGCGCCAUCUGGGUAUUAAAUGUUUCUAGCAGACGAAAAUAUAGAAUUCUUUACCCUUGCCUGUGUUUCAUUACUUUCAGCUGUUUGCAUUUCUUUACUAAGGAAUCAAAUACAGAAAUGGGUGGCGAUCAUGCACACGGACAUCAUGAUCAUGGUCAUCACCAUGAAUUUAAAAUCCCCGACUGGAGGAAAUACAAAGUUGAGGAUGCCCCAGAAUUGGUUACUGUAAGAAAUAUGCUUGCCCAGAAAGGCUUGAAGGACCCUUGGCUAAGGAAUGAAGUCUGGAGAUUUGAUAGAAAAGAAUUUGGAACUAUCAAACAACGUUGGAUGCUAACUGGUUUCCGAGGAUUUAAAUGGGGUUUUGCUGCCUUUUUAGCAACCAUAACUAUUGAAAAGGGAUUGGAAUUAAUAAAUCCGCCAAAAGAUCAUCAUGGUCAUGGCUCAUCCCAUCACUGAAAGAAACAGACAAAAAAGUAAGAUUCAGAAGUGUAAUGGUAUAUACUGUAGAGAAAUACAAAGAGGGAAGAAGAAAUUAA